AUGUCGACAGGACCCGUCACCGAAAUUGAUCAAUAUAUAAACCAAAUGCCGAUGGAACCCGUCACCGAAAUCGAUCAAUAUAUAAACCAAAUGCCGAUCGAACCCAAAGUCGAAAUUCAUCAUCAUCAUCAACAUGAAAAUGUUCGCUACGGAAAACCGUAUUUUGCUGUGUUAUUGGCGGCCUUUUCUUCAUUGGGUGGAUGGUUUUUUGGCUAUGACCAAGGUGUUACGGGCGAAAUAGCUCCAACAAAAAUACGUGGAAUGCUUUCCGGCUUUAUGCAAAUGACUGUGGUAACUGGUUUAUUUGUUGCCAAUGUGGUAAAUUAUUUAUUAAAAGAUCAUAAAUGGGGCUGGCGGUUGUCAAAUGGAAUUAUUUUAAUCGCUCCAGUUACAAUUAUGAUUGGUAUAUUUUUCUGUCCUGAAACUCCUCGAUGGUUGUUCAAGAAAAAGGGUCGAGAAUCGGCAGAGAAAAGUCUAAAGCGCAUUCGUAAAACAGAUGAUGUAACUGCUGAGCUAGACGCUAUUUCCGAUGCUCUACAAGAUGAGGGCAAUCAAGUUUCAAUCAAAGAACUAUUUACAACAAAGAAAAUGCUUGAAAGACUUGGUAUUGGUGUGGGCAUACAUGUUUUACAACAGGCAACGGGUAUUAAUCCUAUAUUUACAUUUGGUGGUAUUAUUUAUGAAAGUGUUCUUGGAAAUGGCAUCAUAUCAUUAUUGAUUUUGGCUGGCACAAACCUGCUAAGCACAAUACCAGCCUUGUUCUUGUUUGACAGACUAGGGCGUCGAAAGCUUCUCAUAUUUUGUGGCUUAGGUAUGGUAAUUGGCCACCUUGUAGCAGCAACAGUAUUUGUCACAGGCUGCACUGUAGAAAAAAAAAUCAUCAAUGGUACUGCAGCGACUGAAGACGUUGUUAAUUGUAAAGCAAGUUCAGAAACGAGAGGAGUUUUACUGGAAGAUAUUGAAGAACAGUUUGAUAAUUUUAAAGUGAAGGAUAGAGCAAUAAUAAAAGCAUUAAGGAAGCCAUGUCAGCGGAACAGAAAAAGAACGGCUAAAGUGGAUGUAAGCGUGGUGAAAUUUUAAUCUUUAUAUGACAACAGCUACUUCUUACAUUCUACAUACUUUGUCCAAAGAAGAUUAUAAAUAUUAGCCAACUUCCUAUUAUCUGCAGGCACAAAUACGUACCCCAGUAUAGAACAGAUUUUAAAGGGAUACCACCCCUUGAGUGUAGAUAGACAAAAUUGUUUCUUACUGGAGCAUGUACAUCAGUACAUUGAGAACACAAUACAUUUUGCUUCAUAAUCAUCAUAUUAUCUAUAUUUUUCUCCACUUAGAAAUUUUGUUCAUAUGUAGAAAAUAGUCAAUAAAAUUUAUUAUAAUAUCUUUUAUCCUUUUUGUUCUUCUGCUCUUCUCUGUUUUUCUUAUCUUCUUACAUCUACAUUUUCGUAUUUUGUGCACGUAUGUAUUGGUCAUAUCAAGUUAAGUACGUAGAGGAACAGUAUUUUCCUACAAUACAAUAAAUAAAGGUUCAAUUCUACAUUUUUUCAAGGAUGUCCAUAAAUAUCAGGCACAUAUGGUCUGCGAAAGAUCGAAAUAAAGCGUUUUAUAUAAGACUAUAAGAUGCUCACUUGCACAUAGUGUGCAGAUCAUUAAUAUAUAUUUGUUCAGUUAUAAACGAUUAUCAACUUUUUAGCCACAAUAGCAGCCAUUUUCUUCAGGCUUUUUCUGCUCAGUUUUAGCCCAGAUUUAUUACCUCUACAAAUAAGCGUACCUUUAAUUGCCCUCCGUUUUGAUCUGACUCGCUAAUAAGCGACUUAAAUUAAAAAAUUGAAUUUUUCAAAAGGUUUAAUUGAUCGAUAAUUUGAGUAUAAAUAAAAGAGACAAGUUAAAUAUUUUCAGGCAUGCAUAUAAUCUAAGUUAUUUUAUUCAGUUUUUAAUGCUGUUGAAUGAGCUAUUUAUUUAUAAUUCAAAAACAUUUGAUGCUUCGUUAAAUGUUAUAGUCAGAAUAACGGACUUUUUGUUAACUCUUCUUCCCACGAUUAAAAAUAGAGAUAAUUUACUGUCAGUCCAUGGAACUUCCAUGGACUGACAGUAAAUUGCCUCUAUUUUUAAUCAUUGUUUUGUCACUAUUUUGUCUCAAUUUUUAACAUGUUAACUAGACAAAUGAGCAAAUUAUUAUUUAUUUUGAAAAUAAAUAAUAAUUUGCUCGUUUGUUUAGAAAUACGAGAAAUUCCAGUUAAUAUGCUGAAAGCCCUUAGGAGUUCUUGUCUGUAAGAACCACAUAAAAUGGCGAGUUGAGCAUGUCAGAAAUUGAGGAAUUUUUGUUGGCGAAAUCUUAGUGUCAGCUGCACAAAAAGGAGAGUAAGCCAUUCCGUGGAUCAUUUCCGAGCUCACCGGCUCAUUUAUAGUUCACUACACUCUUUUAAUUCACACUACGUUUUCAAGUCCGCGGCAUCCAUUCAAAAGUGAGACUUUCUUUAUGAAAAGCAACUGAAUCUGUAUUAUUUCAUAGGUCGAGCAUAUUCGUAUCGUUCGACACAUCAUACUACUUAUCGCAUUGACUUUGUAGAAAGCUGGAAUAAAUGACCAUGUCAGAUUCAUUUUUACACCAUUAUUUUGAAAAUGCUGUUUCAUAUAUAGCGAAACAUCGACGUUUAAUAUUUAAAAAAAUGUAAAAUGUUCAACGUUACUGUUAUUAAACAAACGUUGUUAAACGCUUUUCCUUUCAAGUAUGCCGAUGUAAAUUUGUUGUUACCUUUUGUUUAGGUUCCGUUCAAAAACAAAAAAGCUUCAAAGAGAAUUGGACGAAAUAUCUAAAAAUAGUUGUGCAUGUGUAAUUUUAUGUGCUCUAUCUAAUGAGACUACAAUUAGAGCUUAGUGUCUUUUAAUUAAGUCAAAAACCGAGUUUUUGCUGUAAUGAAAUUUUUCUAAAAGCUCGUAUAUGUCCGAUUGUACGUGUUUCUAACAUGUUGAUAGAACAGAUUUAAAUAAAUAGAUCCUUUAAUCUCAAGGAUAGUAAUCUGAAAAGGAAAAAGGCGUAUGUGCUAUUAAGAUAAAAACAACGCAAAAGCGAAACGAUAAUAAUUUCAAGAAGAAAUUUCAAGUAAAUCUCGAAAGACUGUUGUUGUCCCCAUUAACCUUCAUUGUAAAGAAAAAAAGAGAAAGAUAAGAAAUGGCAGUGUAUUUUACAAUACCCCAUAAAAAUAUUCCGACAUCUUGAGAUUUUCAUCCAUACGAUCUUAUGAUCUGAAUUUUUUUGUAAUUAAAGUGAAGGCAACAUGUAGGGCAGAAAAACAAUUUUGAAUCCUAGGCCUGAACGGUCGGCCAUCAAGAUAUGGUUGGUUCAAAAUUUUGAGUCCUGGCGACCCGUCCUACUCGACUUUGAUGAAAAAAUUUUUUUUGUAUAAUUAUUUCGCUGAUUCAGUAACUGCUUGUUCAAUUCGCAUGUCAUUUUUGAAAAAUGCUUUUCCCUUAUGGAUACCUUGAAUAGAUUAUUAACAUUACCAAGAAGAUCUUGCUGAUUUACUCUCGCCAUACAAUAUUUUUUCACGAAGUUUUCUGAGAAUUUCUUACGACUAUUGAAGAACGUAUUCUAAAAGUAUCAGAUCGAAAUACUGUCCUUUAACUGAAUUAUCAUUUACUUUUUGAAAAUGGAUCCUAUAAAGGUCUAUGUCAGCCAAUGACCCUAGGGUACAAACUACUGAUUACGAUAAAAUUUGAAGUUGCAAAAAAUAGCUGACGGAGUGAGCGAAAUGCUUAUGAAAAAACGCUAAUCAGGUGUAAGGUAUAUAAAAAAUUCAGAUCAUAAGAUCGUAUGGAUGAAAAUCUCAAGUAGGUAUGCACCGGUAUCAGUAUACCGAAUACCGAACUUCGGUAUAUAUGGAAUUUUUUGGAUUUUUUCAUUUGAAAUGAGGUAUUUUAGCAUCCUGGACAAGCAGAACGUAUAAACAACACUCAGCUGUGUAUUUUGAGCAUGUUCAGAUAGAAAGAAAAGAAAAACUUUGGCU